AUGCCACCGGCCAAGAACGGGGGCUGGGGAGGUGGUUAUUCUAAUAAGGGGAAGUCAGUUGCGUCGCAUAGCACCAAGGGGUUCGCCGCCACGCAGCAGAACAGCGACAGGUCAACUAGAGGUCAUAAUAUGGCGAAGUCGGUUGGAGCACGGGGCUCCUGUGUCGAAUGGGGUGGCAGCAAUACCACCGCAGAAUGGGAUACCUGCUCGCCAGUUAAAGACUGGGAGGCCAUCAAAACCGCCGCUGAACAGGUUCCGAAAGACGCUACCCCAGCAUGGGGCAUCAGUGAAGAGACUGGAGCAAGUGCUGAAAAUUGGGGAAAUUGUGACUAUUUGACAUAUGCGACUGAAGAAUGGGUCGACACAAGACAGCCCAAGACAGUAGAGGAGCUCAUCAAGGAGAGAGUGGACAAAGCCCUGGAAGGCUGGCCCUGGGUGGGCAUACCUUCCAAGCUGAUGACAUUGGGCCCGAUCAAGAUUAACUUAUAUCCUGAUGACCAGAAGCCUGGUGAAGCCAACCCUACUCUCAUUGCCCCCGCUGCUGAAAGAGAGUAUUGUCCGCUGUUCGAUCUGCUGUUUAGCAACCGAUUGAUCCUCGAUAAAGUUAUGGGUUACGUCUGCCAAAGCCACGAUAGUCAGUGGAAGUUCAUUGCAACCUGCAGUACGGCCUGGAAUUUGAUCCGGCCGGAGGUUGAAGGAACCGUUACAGAGCUUUGGGAUAUGUCGACUGGCAAUUUCAACGGUUGCGAUGAAGAUGUCGGAGCCUCUGUCAGGCCAGUGCUCGUGAUCGCUCCCAUCCGAAUGAGCGGCUCCCCACUCGAUUAUACGGGCCAAAUCAAGAAUUUAUAUGCCAUGUCCCUUGCGACCAACAACGUCGCAGACAAUAUUAGAAAUAUCCAAUUCCAUCGGAUUCCAUUCCUUACCACCAACCUUCUGGAUCUUCUUAUCCCGAAAAUGCGGAAUCUCGAACAUCUUGGCGUCUACAAAUGCGAAUUAAUCCACUUCGGAGAUACCCUGACACUCAUGGAUAUCAUCAAGAUUGAUCGUCCUCUUGAGAAGAAGCAUUCAGUGAACCUUGACUUCUAUCCUAAUUUCCAUCGAGGCCCCAUUCCUGGCCCUCAAUAUUAUGCCGGUCCUUAUGGUGUGACCUGGGAUAACUGGAAUGGCAACUCCCUCUUGGGUAUCUGGUGCAUGAUGUCAUCAAUUCUCCCAAUUGCUCGUAGGCAGGGAAUCGACUUCACCAGCAAGGGAACUAUGUUCCGAAAAUGGCUCGACGAUGGACCAUGCUGGCGCAUCGAGGAGACCACUAAGGCUCUUUUGGACCCUACGUAUGAUACCACAGCACUAGCCGCUCUAGUCGACUGCAGCAAUCCCCAGCAUCACGGAAGCGUACGCUUGUUUACCGGACACAUCGGCAAUCGGCCAGAAGGUUACAAAUGGACAACCGAGAAGUUCCCUUGUUUUAACUGCCGUGCACAUCGUUUAGGGAUCUUUUUCUGGUACGGCUAUAUUCGUGAAGCCCGGAUGCAUGGCGGGUUCGAUAAUAACUACCCCGGCCUCAAAUGUUAUGGUUGCCUUCUUGACGGUAUCCUCCGCGGCGAACAGGAUCAUUAUAAGGUUUACAAGCAACGCAUCAUUCAACACUGGCUUAUCGACAGCUCUCCUGAUAAUUCCUAUCCUUCGGAAUUUAACAAAACCGACCUUCCGAGAGCACUCCGCGAGUUCACCGAGAAGAACGUUGCGCAACGGGCAUCGAGACUUCAAGCAGCGAGAGAUGCUCAUAUUGCUCGAUUCGGAUUCGAUCGUGAGACCCAGGAGAGACAGAAGGCCUUUACGCAUAAAGAAUUGAAUACCAAGUACGGUAUGCGGAUGCGGACUCCUCUUGUUUGGGACAAGAAUAGCGACCCAAAGACCAAGGUCUACAAGAACCCUGGUGACGCUGAGUGGGACUGUGCUCCGCAUAGCACCAGUACUAUGUUUGCCCAUGGUAGAUGGUGA